UUUCCAUGAACUAUUCUCGUAACACUGUCUAUCGUAGGGCCAUCCAAUUCUUGAAUUUUAGAAAGGCCCUUCUUUAGCUUUUACAUUCCCAAAAAAAGAUCAGAAAUCUUUGAGUUGUCGGAAGGGUAAGGUUUGCCGCAGAAUCUUGGUUUCAAGCAAUUUGGCCUUCUUAUGCUUCAAUCUUUCCAUUACAUCACCCACCAAUUCAUAGAUAUCAGUAUAAUCUAUAAGAACUGAAAUAUUCUGGUAAUUCAUAGAUAUUCUAUUCUCGUUUCAUUCUUACCAAGUUGGCGUACUCUGCUUCAAUCUUCCAAAAUGUCAUCAGCCAAUGUUUCUUUGCAACAGAAAGCCGUAACCAGAAGCACGAAAACUGGAAAUCGACUCUUACAUGCCUCUGGAGUUUCGAUCUUAGCAAUGGCUGACAUUGCCUACAGAAAAACCCUAGAAUUUGAUGGACCAUUAGGUUCAGCCUGGAGAAGCAUCGUAAAUCUUGCAGAGCCUGCAAAUCCUAUCAUCCACGCUGUUCAAUGUCAAUGGUUAACGAUCCUGUCCUUUCUGGAUGAUCAAUUUGUAGUAGUUCAAAAGAUAAUCGAGACAUUGUUUCCGCCUUCAUCGCAUUUGUUCGUCAAGAAUGACGAUCUUGUGCUUGUGAUAAUGUCCCUGCCAGAAAAAUUCGAUGAUGCUCUGAACAAAAUUCCUGAAAUUAUCCACCAAUUCCCGGCUCUGGAGUGCACAUUGCUCUAUCUAAUCUCGUGGUUGAAUUGUUUGGUUUCUAUAUCGAUCCCUUGUGGAUUGGAUUACUCAGAGAGAACCGACAACGAUGAGAGUAAUCAUGAGGGAAUUAGGUUUUUUUCUGUAUUAGAAUCAUCACCAGAGCCUUCUGAAGCUGCAAGCAAAAGGGACGCCAUGGAAGCUUCAACCCAGAAAAGAGGCUCAUACAAGGAAGCAUUAAUGAAAGAUGAGGAUGAGGGUGUGAACGGUGGUGUCCAGAAGAUAGGCUCAUACAAGGAAGCAUUGAUGAAAGAUGAGGAUGAAGGAAGGAUGAAGAAAGAAGAUCAAAUUCUGGGAUUGUUUGAAUCUGGAUGGACUCUAUGA